CACGCACGCGUCUGGAUUUGGAUUGAGAUUUUUACCGGACUACUCCACUGCAGCACCGCUGGGACACAGACCGCACAGAUUUGACGAAACAUACAUUUUAAAUCAAGUAUUUAAGUACUUCAUUUUGGGGUUACUGCCUCCUGAGUACUGUGAAUACAACACCUUCCAGCGGUUGUUUUGUCAUCUUCACGGAGCUUGAGAAGUCUACGGGACAAUGGCUGAUCAGCUGACUGAGGAGCAGAUUGCUGAGUUCAAGGAGGCAUUCUCGCUGUUUGACAAGGAUGGCGACGGUACAAUCACUACCAAGGAGCUCGGCACUGUCAUGCGUUCGCUGGGACAGAACCCCACUGAGGCUGAACUGCAGGACAUGAUCAAUGAGGUGGAUGCUGAUGGUAACGGUACAAUUGACUUUCCUGAGUUCCUGACCAUGAUGGCCAGGAAGAUGAAAGACACCGACAGUGAGGAGGAGAUCAGAGAAGCCUUUAGAGUCUUUGACAAGGAUGGUAACGGCUACAUCAGUGCAGCAGAGCUACGGCACGUCAUGACCAACUUAGGAGAGAAGCUCACUGAUGAAGAGGUGGACGAAAUGAUCCGCGAGGCUGACAUUGAUGGUGAUGGUCAGGUCAACUAUGAGGAGUUUGUCCAGAUGAUGACUGCCAAGUGAAGAGAAGACUGAAAUUUCUCUCAAUGUUGCUUGUCCUCCUAAGAUCACUGUCUUUAAGAACCAAAAAAGGAACAAUAAUCAAAUGAUGAACAAACUUGCCCCCUAAAAUUACUUAUCUGUAAAAUUUAGCAAUUUGCGCUUUAGUGUAUCCAACUACUUCUAAGGUAUCUGUUUAGCGACCACCAACAGAAUAAUCCCUAGAGAAGUUAAUGGACCAAGCUUUAAGUGGGCCGACGCCCUGAACUUCAGACCAAGAUUCUGCUGAGUCACCCAGCUCCUGAUUAAUUAAGAGGAAAGAGCAACACUGAAAAGGCAGAGGGAUAGGAACCGAUGCCACAGUUGGUAUAGAGAAGUUGGCUAUUUAAUUCUUUCCGCUAUUCGACAAAGAAAAUUGGCUGUCUUGCACCAGUGGUGAUCCCCUAAAUACUGAAUUGAGUACUCUUCUUGCAUGCACCCUUUCUGUGGCGGUCUCUUGUCACAACAAGGAGGCUCUGAUCCCAAAAGAGGUAGUGGUCAGAUUGUGUACACACUGGAGGUAUAUACAUAACUAUAUAGCUAUAUAUCUGUAAAAUUUGUGUCACUAUUGAUUAUUGCAAGAGCAAAUAGUUGCAAUGUAGGGUGUUCAUUGGUGCUCGGUUGGAGAUGAGCAUUCUUUUACCUUGAAGAGUUCGGACAAGAGCGAGAGACUGAAAGUGCUGAUGGUUUUCUCCCGUUGGGGUUGUUAUAUUGUCUUGUUUUGAAUUGUGGGCUUUACAUUGCCUGCAGCACUGACUGGAGACAGUAGUAUGUUGUAUUGUUUCAGGAUGAUUAUUGUAAAAACACACUUGAGGUAUGCAGUUGAUACAUUUGUUCUGCAAACAGAUAUCCUGAUGAUACAAUAUUGAUGUAAUGCUUUAUAAAUGUGUUCUCAAAUAUUAAUGUAUUGAUGACAAACUUUGGUCACCAAAUAUAUCGAUUAUAUAUUAGUGUGUCGUAAAGUUUGCAUUGCCUAUUGUUGUAGUAAAUGACCUGUGACAUGUUUUCUCUUCGGUUUUGAAAUGUGCCAUAAUACUCUAAAGACGCCUCAACCUUCUUGCAAGACUUGUAGUUCAUUAGAAUAUAAUAAAUCUACUACAUAAUAUACUAUAAAAAUACAUGCAGUUGAACAUAUUUGCACUUUGGUAUAAACCAUAUGGAUAUUUACAAGGUUUUGUUCUAAAAAGAAGAAAAAUAAACCAAAUGUCACUGUUGCUGCUGCUAUAACAACUCAUAUGUUACACUCAUUUCUUGUCCUUGUUGUCGUCUGAGCUUCGAUUUGUAGUCCAGUGAUUCAAACUUCAAUCUGCUUGCCGUUUUACUGAACAGAUUUACAUAUACUGUAUAUUCACAAACUUCUCGUGGUGGGGGUCAUGUGUUUAAUUUGGGCUACUAGAAUGGGACUUUCAGAUGGGAUGAAACGGGGUUGUAGCAAAGAGUUCAGCUUUAGAUUUGAGGUCAGUUUUGGUGUUAGGUUUAUGAAGAGCAAGCUAAAUUUAAGAAGCAGGUUAGCUGAGGUGUCCUAUGAUUUCCUCAAAGCACGAAAUGUUAAAAAAAAACUAAAAAAAAAACUGCUCUGCUAGAGGCGUUUUAUUUGGCUAGCUUUGACGCAGAUGUUGGGAAGUAAAUGGUAAAUGGACUGUUAACUUCUGAAGGUAUCUCAAAAAUGUAAAGAUGUGAUAUAUUUUCCAUAAAUCAAUAAAUUGACUGAGCUUUACUUCA